AUGACUACAAAUUUAAUUAAUAAUUUUAAAAGCAUGCAUAUUAAUGAUAAUGAUGAAGUAUUUUAUGAGUGUGAAAAUGAUGAAAUUAAUGAUUUGGGAAAUAACAAUGACUUAAUUAAAAUAAAUUUUCAAAAUUUUAGUUUAAGUACAGAAGCGUUCCAAAAAUUCCUUGAAUAUAAAGUAAGCCCUUUCAAAGAAGGUGGAGGUGUUAGUGAGGCUGGUGCCGCAAAUCGUUCAUAA